AUGGCGUCCCCUCUUCCAAGCAAUGGCAUCAUCCAAGGAAAGAAAAAGCCAACUACAGUGACGCCCCUCAACCCAACAGCCAAGCCCCAGAACAAGCGACCGAAGCGAUCAACGAUCAACCCGACUGCCAAGCCCCAGAACAAGCGACCGAAGCGAUCAAAGAGCCAUGAUGGGUUUGACUCAGAGUGCUCUUCAGACUCAGACUCUGAUUCCUCUGACUCUGAUUCCUCUGAGUAUUUGCCUCCUCCCACUAAGCGACAGGGUCCAACCACUGUCUCUGUCUCUGUCCAUGAUGAUUCUGUCCAUGAUGAUUCUGUCCCUUUAUCUUCUCCACACACCCGACAAGUCACCCGAGCUCCAUCCCCGGUCGUACUCAUUGAUCGACCUCCAAAGCAUCUACUUUGCAUGCCACUGAAUGCGUCUCCAGAGAUCAUUGAGAUACUACUACCACAUGCCAAACUCAUCUAUGCUGAAGUCCGAAAGUAUAAUCUCAUCACCUAUCCUCAUGACCAUUUUGCCCAAGUCAUCAAGGAGAGCUAA